AUGAUUAUACAAAAUCAAAUUAAUGAUGAUGAUCUUAAAACAUAUGUUGAGACAAGAUGGACUAAUAUAUAUGAAUGUAUUUCUUUAAUUGUGCAACUUAAAACCUGUUUAAAAGAAAUUCAAGAAAAUCAUUCUAAAAUUAUUAGUCUUACAAUUUUAACAAUUCUUCAUGAUCAAGAACAACUUCAUCAUAUUCAUACUACAGAAGUAAGUCCUAAAAUAAUAGCAAAUAUUGCAGAAAGUGUUUUUAAAGAGUUGAAAGAAAAAACAUUAUUAGAUGAUGAUAACAUUAAAUUGUCUAAUUCUAGUGAAGAACUUUAUCCAGAUGAGCCAAAUUUAAAUUUAAAAAUUUCAAAUAUUAUUGAAGAUAAAGAAAGUGAAUAUAAUGUAGAUGAAAUUGUU